AUGAGCUCAUCAGAAGAAGAUGUGUUUAGUUUCAUCACCGUGCUUAGCCUCGCCGUAUUCAUUGGUCUCUGCAUCUUGCUCGUUGUUCUUAUAGCAACCUCAGCGAUCAUCCUUGUGAUCUACGUCAUCAUCGAUUGCAUUCUCCGACCGUUCUUAGGAACAUGUCUCGACCUAGAUCUCGAAAUAGGAGUCCAAAGAGGCCAACAACGUGCUAGAAUCGUUAGUUACCAUGCAAUCAUCCCGACCGAUCUUCAAUUACCAAAUUCCGAGAGAGAAGAAAAACGAAAACGAGGGUUGAGACAAAGCGCUAUUGAAACCCUACUCCCGAAGUUACUUGUUGGACAAGGAAACAACCACGAGGACGAAGAGAGGUCUAGAGAAUGCGCGAUUUGCCUCAGUGGUUAUGUGGUUAACGAGGAAUGCAGAGUAUUUCGGGUUUGCAGACAUAUGUAUCACGCGCUUUGCAUUGAUGCUUGGCUUAAAAAUCAUCUCACAUGUCCUACUUGCCGUAAAGAUUUGCCGGAUUCAUGA